CGGAAGUUUUGAAAGUGACAUUUCACAUGACGGUGGAUGUUUCCUGGUUCAUGGUUAUUCACAAAUGUAUUAUAUAUCGAAAACAUAUAAAAUAACGAUUUACAACAGAUAUAUAUUUUGGCAUCACAGUCGUCCUGUAAAUUGGUACCGAACCAUGCUCGGUAGAUACACAACGUGAUAUCGUCGAAAACAACAUCAACAAGCUAGGCCUGGCAUGGAGCUUGGCAUGGAGGCAGUGGAGGAUGACAUCUGCAUUCUGAAGCAUGAGACGGCGUACGGUGGAGCAGGGGAGAGCCCCGUGUCCGUGUGUGCCGGGGAUGAGUCUGUAGCCUCCCACUUUGCCCUGGUCACAGCGUACGAGGACAUCAAGAAGAGGCUGAGAGACACGGAGAGAGAGAACACACUGCUGAGGAAGAGAGUCAAACAGCUGGAAGAUAAGGUACAGGCUUUCAUUAAGACACAACAGUCAGCUGACUCAGCACCCAAAAUAGGACCCCAGUACGUCAACAAGGCCUUCAGUGCCUACCGUGGCAUCUACAUGGAGAAGGAGGACCUGCAACUGGAGCUAAAAUAAACUGAAGAGGGAGAAGAGUGAUCUGAGGCCCUGA